AUGGAUUGUGAACAUGAGAAUGUUCCUAUUCUCAAAGGUGACAAACUGAGCUUGACACAGUGCCCAAAAAAUGAAGCCGAGAGAGAUGCAAUGAAGAAGGUGUCUUAUGCUAGCGCACUAGGUAGUAUCAUGUAUGCUCAGGUCUGUAUCAGAUCGGAUAUUGUCUUUGUGAUGGGUCUUCUUGGCAGAUAUCAGUCAGAUCUUGAUCUUAGUCACUGGGUUGCUGCCAAGAAAGUAUUGAGGUACUUGAAAGGGACAAGAGAUUAUAUACAACAUACUGACCCGUUCCUGAUCUCAAAACUAGUGGGUUAUACAGAUUUCAACCUUGUUGGCUAUGAGGAUGAUAAGAGGUUCACAUCUGGUUAUGUUUUCUUGAUGGAAGGAGGGACAGUAUCAUGGAAGAGUACAAAGCAGACAUUGGUGACCACUUCGACUAUACAAGUAGAGUUUAUAACAUACCAUGGGCUACUACUCAGGCUAUUUGACUCAGAAAUCUCAUAA